GAAGAAGAAGAAGAAGAAGAAGAAGAAGAAGAAGAAGAAGAAGAAGAAGAAGAAGAAGAAAGAAAAAAAAAAGAAUUCAAAAGACUGCAACUUCUUGACAGUAUUUGUGAGAAAACAAAACCGGGUGGUGAACUGGAUUCUGUAAUUGAAAUAGCAUCAGAAUCUUUUGAUCCUCUUGGUGAGCUCCUGCAAAUUAACUUGGAAGAAGAAGAUGAUAAAUCUAUUAACAUAAAAACUCUUAGCCAGCACAUCUUAUCAGGUCAUAGCAUUAUUACUCCAGAGGUAGAGAGACUGCUGGGAAUUUCUUUUAAGCCAGCCGCAAGGAAUGUAGAAGAAAGUGAAAGCAACAAAAGUUUAUCUACAAGUAGUCAAAGUGAACAAAUAAACCAAAAUAGUAAAAGAAUUGAUGAACUGCUAGCUAGCAGGAACUACAAAAGACAUAGGGACUUGGUGGUUGAGAAAGUGUCGUCCAAGCAUAGUCCUGCCAAAGAUCUAACCCAACCAGGACCUAGUGGUUUACAAACAAGAAGAAAAGAUACCUCAGUCCAAGAAAGGUUAUUGAAUCAGAACUUUAGAAGUUUAGGUCCACCAAGGCCAAGUGCUACAUUUUCUGAACACACUAGUGAAAGAAGGAAGCCAGAACAUUCUGAAAAUUUAAGUCAGCCAGGUCCUAGUGGAAUAACAGCCUUCUCUAAACGAGUAGCAAGGAGUUCAGGAAAAAAUGAGGUGAACCGAAGUCUAUCGAGAAGAAGUCAAAAUGAACAAGUGAAUUAUGAUGUCAGUAAAAGGAUGCAAUUAAAGACCAGGAGAAAAGAUGCCUCAGUUCGAGAAGAGUUUACGAAACAGAGUUUUAGUGGCCAGCCACAGCCAACCGGCACGUCUCAAGAGAUAGUUGAAGAUAGGGAAGAACGUUGGCUAAGGCAACACUCUGAAGUUUUAAGCCAAACAGGUCCAAUUGGAGUAAGUUCCCCUAAACGUGCGUUGAGGAGUGUAGAAAAAAGAGAGGGCAACGAAAGAGCAGAAACAAGAAUAAACAAGUUUCCCCAAAAGAUUUUAAGCAGUGCAAGUCAGCAAGGUCCAAGUAAGACAUCUUCCAUAGCAACUAGUGAGGAAAGGCAGUCCAGACACAGCUCUGAAGAAGCAAGUCAAUCAGGUUCUGGGAAAAGAAGUAAAGGGAUUGGAAAAGACAUAUUACCUCCUAGACUGAGUUCUGUUGAUCAAUCAGAGAUUAACCAGUCUAUAAGUAAAAAGAAAAGUUACGAUUCAAAACAAACUCAUGAAAGCUCAAUAUACAAAUCAUACACUCAUUACAGUCCAGAUGAUUGGGAAACAGAAAGUGAUGAAUCUGGGAAAGACAACAGAAGAUCUAGUACAAUUUAUUAAUGUUUUUAAUUCAGAUUUGAAGUUGAUUUUCAUGUUAUCUUAUGAUAUAACACACCAAAAAUUUGGAAGGGGGGGGGGGACAGGGAUUUGAUGCACAUUACCGUAUGUAUAUUGGAUCAAAAGGCAACCUGAUCAAUUGAAGAUAUAUAUAUUUUUUCCCCCUGUCAUAAUUCUCCAAGAUCCAAGUGUUAACUCGUAUACAUGUGGGGGGCGUGGAUAGACAUGAAUGUGCCUUACUGUGUAGCAAAGUUAAGAUAGACUAAGAGUAGUACUCUCAUCUGUAGGCUUUAUUGCAAUGAACUUGUAUAUUAACAAAGCAAGAAAAAAAAACUGUAUAAAGAUAAAUAUUUGUAGUUGUCUACAAAUUAUCCUACAAAGAUUAAAGAGACUUGUGUGCAAAUAGAUCACUAUUGUUGUAGUUAUUUAUAUUGUCAGUAUAUUAUUACAUUGUUAAAUAGAGUACUGCUUAUUAGGUGUAAGCGAAUUAAGUGAUGAUUUGUUUCAAGUCAAAUCUUUUGUUUCUAAAAAGAAAAAUUUAUGAUUAAUAUGCAUUCAUGGCUUCUAAUUUAGUGCUUGUAAGAAAAUAUUUAUCUCUCAUCGUAACAUAUUUUGUGUAAAAUUGAAUGAGUUAAUUUCAGUUUGUACCUGGCACAUAACAUAAGGGCAGUUGUGUUUGAAAAAUUUUAUUUUUUUAUAACAUAUAAACAUUUAUAUAGCUUUUAUAAAGCAUAAUGUACAACUUCAUUUGAGUAACAUAAGUUGUAGAAAGUAAUUUGCUUGUAAAUAAAAUGCUACUACAAUUUUGAUUCCGUUAACCAGUUGAAGGUUUGAGUUUUACGAUCCGCACUGGGAUUGAUCAUAACGUUGAUGAUUCUUGGACCGUCCUUCACCUGUGAAAACAAUUUUAUAAUUAAUUUGUUACCUGCAAAAAAACACAAUUUAAAGUAUGUUAGCUUGAAUGCUGCUGUACACUACUGAAAACAUGGCUGUUUUGGUUGACCAGAAACAUGUGCCUGAGUAGUGAACCUUCAUCCAGUUGAUGGCCAUUGUUUGCCUACGUAAGGCAAACAAGUAGGUAAAUAAAAAAAGGAUGCUGUUAUGUGUAAAUAUGGCUUUGGGAAAUGUUAAAAUAGUUCAGUAAAAGUUAUUGUUGUGUAUCUAUAAAUGUGUUAUGUUUCAUGAAAAAACAAAACAUCCUGGGACAAAUGCAAACAAAUGUAUAUAUAAUUGUAUUAAUAAAAUUAAGUUCAUUUGAUUCAAAUUUGUUAUUGCAUUUACUUUCUUACCAUCAAACUCUUCCU